UUUCUUUCAUGUAAUUAUAAAUUUCUCUCAAUCAUUAUCUUCUUUGAAUUUCAUCUGUCUCUCCUUUUCUUUCUUUUUUUGACCAUCAGAAUUUCUGUUUCUGUUUCCUAUUUUCAUUUUGAGAAAAAUAAAGUAGGAAAUCCCACACUUCUGUGCUCCAUAAAGACCAAUAGAAAAGCUACUUCUUUUUUCUUUUUCUCCUCGCAUUUUUAUUGUCAAAAUUCACAGGCACGUCUCUUUCACCUGGAAUUUUCUUUCACUUUCAACGAGUUUCAAUCAAAAUUUCCUCCUUUUUUUCCCGUUUCUUUUGGUCUUCUUUUUUUUUUUGGAUUUUUUUGUAUAAUGUUUUUUAAUUUGGAAUUGUUUAUCUGGUGAAGAAAUUAGCUGGAGUUCUGUUGUAUCCAAUUGUAGGGCAUUGGAUUGUUUAUAUAUAUAUAAUGAAUUUUGUGAGCUGAUUUAGAGGUUGAUUUUGUACUUUUUGGCAUAUUUAUUUCAAAGUUGUGUUCUUAGGUUCAUUAUUAGGAGGCAAAUGGGUUAUCUGCAUUAGGGGAAAAAAUGACAGAUUUUCAACCUUUACUACAAAAACCUGAAGCCCCAAGUGAUGCCAGAGCUGAAUUCGAAAGGGGUUUGGAAGAAUUAAUGAGUGAUUUAGACGAUUGUAUGUCAUUUGCAUCAUGUAGUUCUAGUAGAAAUCCUGAUGAUGAGGAUGAUGAGGCUGAUCAACUUGUUAGGAGGAGGAGAAGGUCUGAUAUUGAAGGUGAUGACUUAGCCGAGUCAUCCGCCACAAGAAGGCGGCAAUCUAGGAUUUUGAGUAGGUGGGCUGCUAGGCAGGCUCAGGAAAUGAUAACUACAAUGGAGAGGAGGAAUAGGGAGUCCGAGCUGAUGGCUUUAGCUGGUUUACAUACUGUUUCGAUGCUUGAUUCCUCUUUAUUGAGAGGGUCAGAGUCGCCUACUUCUAGAGGACAAGGUGGGAAUGUUGACAGGCCCAGCACUCAGGCUUCUGCCAUUUUGCAAAUGUGGAGGGAGUUGGAGGAUGAGCAUUUGUUGAAUAGGGCACGGGAGAGGGUGAGGGAAAGGUUGAGGCAGCAAAGGAAUGCUGAUGAUAAUAGGACAAUGUCUAGUAUGACUUUGAAUGAGAGCCGCGGGAGUGAGAAUCAUGGGAGCGUUGGGGAUGUUACUGAGAGUGAGAAUGAGUAUGGAACUUGGUCGAACGAUCAAGGUGUGUUGCAGAAUGAUCAUGGGGAUAAUAAUGGGUCUAAUAGGGAGCAGUCUCCUGAUCUUGGUGAAGUUGAGAGGGAGAGGGUGAGACAGAUAGUUCGGGGAUGGAUGGAGAGUGGGAUUAGUGAUCAUUCAUCCAGUGUUGCCCAAAGGGCUGGCAACCGUAGGGCUGAAUAGCUUGGUGAAACGGAGCGUGAGCGAGUUAGAAUUGUCCGGGAGUUAGUACAGAUGUCAAGUCAACAGCGAGGAGUUCAUUGGGGACAUAGGGAAGAUCAGGCAGCUAUAAGCGGUGCGCAAGUUGACCGAGUUCCUGAUGGCUCAGUUAAUGAUCAAGAUGAAGGCCAACCAGAGCACAUUCAGAGAGACUUGCUGAGGUUGCGUGGAAGACAAGCAGUAAUUGACUUACUUGUGAGGACUGAAAGAGAAAGACAGAGAGAACUUCAGGGUUUAUUGGAGCACCGUGCUGCAUCAGAUUUUGCUCAUCGUAACCGCAUUCAGUCACUACUCAGAGGUAGGUUCUUGCAUGAAAGACCUGUUGAAGAGGAGAGAGCACCUUCAGUGGCAGUGAGUGAAUUAAAUCAAUUAAGACAAUGGCACACUGUAUCUGGUUUGAGGGUAGGGUUCCGGAACAGAUUAGAAGCAAUUGUAUGUGGUCAAGCAAACAGCGAUUCUGAACCCACGACUAACAAUGUCUUCAAUGAUUCUAGAGAUGAAAUUUCCCAAACAAAUAUGUCACAAGAUGUCCAACGUGAAAACAAUGAGGAUAUGCAACCUAGGAGUUUGGGAAGUCACUUUGGACGGUUGCCUAAUCAAACAAGAAAUACUGUUAGCAACAUGCUAGCCGUUGAGAGCAUAAGUUGGCAAGAAAAUGCUACCCAAGGUGGGAAUUGGCGGGAACCAACAACCAAUAGUGAGAGAGAAAGCUGGCAACAGUCAAGAUAUGCUCAGUUUAAUGAAUGGAGAGAGGGAAAUGCAGAAGAAAUGGAUACAAAUUGGCAAGAAAGUUCAGAUAGUGAUUAUCGCCAAGAUAUUCCUGGCAAUGUAAAUGGAGAAGAAAGUGAUUCUUAGGAAGCCCAGAGAUUUUGGCAUGAGGAUGGCUCUCCCGAAGCUGUUGAAAAUUGGUCAGAAGGGCCUUCUGAUCCUCCAAGGGCACGUCGUGCAACCCCAGUUGGAAGGUUCAGUAGAUUUCAUCCGCCUGAAGAUGAUAAUGUGUACAGUAUGGAGCUUAGAGAACUUCUGAGCAGGAGGAGUGUCUCUAAUCUUCUUCGAAGUGGUUUCCGGGAAAGUCUAGACCAAUUAAUACAAUCUUAUGUGGAAAGACAAGGCCGUUCUCCCAUUGAUUGGGAUCUGCACAGAAACUUGCCAACUCCAGCCUCACCUGAGCGUUAUCAAGAGCAGCAGAGGGAUGAAACAAAUGAUAAUCAGAAUGAUGCUAGUAACAGGCCUUCACUUGUGCUGCCUUCUCCACCAGUGCCACCCCCACAGCCAUUGUGGCAGCAGACUUUACAUCACACUAGCUGGUCUAGGCACAGCAUGCAUAGAUCGGACCUUGAAUGGGAGAUGAUUAAUGAUCUAAGAGCUGAUAUGGUGAGACUCCAGCAGGGGAUGAACCACAUGCAGAGGAUGUUGGAAGCCUGCAUGGAUAUGCAGUUGGAGUUGCAGCGAUCCGUCAGGCAGGAAGUCUCUGCUGCUUUGAAUCGUUCAGCUGGUGAAAAAGGUUCAAGUGCAGAAGCAUCAAAUGAUGGUUCAAACUGGGGUCGUGUGAGGAAAGGGACUUGUUGUGUUUGUUGUGAUAGCCUUAUUGAUUCGCUUUUGUACAGAUGUGGACACAUGUGCACUUGUUUAAAAUGUGCAAAUGAGUUGGUUCGUGGUGGGGGAAAAUGCCCGUUAUGUCGAGCACCUAUUGUUGAGGUAAUCCGUGCAUACUCAAUAUUGUAAAGAGAUGAAAGAACAAAAUAGGAGUUGAACAGUGUUGUCCUGCAAUAGGUCUAAAAGUGCGAAUGUGAGAUAAAAUGCAACAAUUUGUAGAAUGAUCAGUUGUUGGGGGGAACGCUACACAGUGCAUAAUACGUGUGUAGUUGGAACAACAAUUGGCAUCAUUGAUUCUUCAUUCAUGUAUAAAUAAAAUGUCGUAGAUAGAAAAUUUUUUCUUCCCGUUUGUAUUACUUGGAUUUAUGACGAUGGAAACUGUGGAUUAGGAGUUGAUAUUAACCCUUUACUUCAUUUUUGCCAAUAAAUCAAAUAUCCAAAACUGCCUACUUGGAUAUCUAAAUAAUACAUUGUGUAAAGAAUGAUGAAAAUAACAUACUGUUCAAUAAGGAUUUAGCCUUUUCCACACAUAAUAAAAA